GAAACCAAACUCUCUCUCUCUAUAGCUCUACAGGAACUAUGAGCUUCUUCAAGAUCUGAGGGAGGGAGGGGUGCGCUGGACUCGGACCUUGCGAUAGUCUUGUGAAAGCCCUCCUUCUUCUUUUCCCUGCUCCUUCUCUUCUUUCCACCACUUCAGGGAGGGCAGGCGAUGUGAGAGCAUCCCCCUCCGAGCCACUGGUUACCGGCCGGACCCUCCACACAGUGGCAGCAGGGCUACUGCGGCGCAGCGCACCGGAGCGGAGCUGGAGGAGAGAAACGACCAGGGGAAGGAGGAGGAAGGACGGACUGCAUCCCCCGACAGGCGGGAUUAAACUCUGCCGCAUCCCGUCGCUUCAACAUGUCUCUGGGGAGUAAAAGGCUCGCUGGGAUUACUGCGCUGAUCGGCUCUUUGCUCCUUGGCUCCUGUGGGACAGGUGGAGAAGAGGCAUGUGACAGCCCACUGGUGUCCAGUUUGCCGUCAUCAUCCUUCAGAAGCUCCUCCCAGCUUUCCAACAGCCAUGGGCCAUUCUUUGCUAAGGUCAACAGGAGAGAAGGAGCGGGAGGUUGGUCUCCUCUUGUCUCAGACAGAUACCAGUGGCUGGAGGUAGACCUCGGGAGGCGGACCCAAAUCACAGGUGUUGCCACGCAGGGCCGCUACGGCAGCUCUGAUUGGCUGAUGACCUACCUGCUGAUGUUCAGCGACACAGGACACAACUGGAGACAGUACAGACAGGAAGACAGCUCAGGGGCUUUUCCAGGUAACAGUAAUGCAGACACUGUGGUUCAGUACAAACUUGAACAGCCGGUGAUAGCUCGCUACCUCCGCCUGAUCCCUCUGGACUGGAACCCCACUGGUAGGAUUGGACUCAGACUGGAAGUAUAUGGAUGUCGAUACACUUCUGAUGUGGCAAACUUUGAUGGCAGCAGCAGUCUGAUCUACAGACCGAGUGUGAGGCCGAUCCAGACGGCGAUGGAGGUCAUCUCUCUGAAGUUUAAAACCUUGAAGAAUUUUGGGACAUUGCUCCAUGCAGAGAACCAUCGAGGUCACAGCCUCACUCUGCUGCUGGAGAAGGGACGGCUGCUGCUCUACCACCAGCAAGGUGUGAGUUCAUCCUCUGGCGGACAGCUGCUUGCUACUCUGGGCAGUCUGCUCGAUGACCGACACUGGCACCAUGUAAAGCUGGAGCAGCUCAGUGCUCACCUCAACCUCACUGUGGACAAAGACACUCAGCAGGUUCACAUACCGGCUGAGCUUAGCCACUGGGACAUUCACCAGCUGAGUGUGGGAGCUGUCCAGAGCCAUGGGCUGCAGAAACCCAUCCUGUCCAACAAGAACUUCCAUGGCUGCCUUGAAAACCUGCUCUACAACAACCUCAACCUGAUAGAGCUGGCUAAAAAUAAGAACCCCCGGCUCACUGUUAUGGGCAAUGUGACCUUUUCUUGUGUUGAGCCAGUUUCAGUCGCUGUGACGUUUACUGACUCCCGAAGCUUCCUACAUUUGCCAGGACUGACAUCGUGGUCAUCGGGGGUCAUUUAUGUAGCUCUGCAGUUCAGGACAUGGAACAAGGCAGGGCUGCUGUUGACCUUUGACCUCCCUCAGCAGGACGGCACAGUGUGGCUAUACCUGCGUGAGGCCAGACUCCGCCUACAGAUCAGUAAGGCAGGCAGGGCCGCGCUGGAGCUCAGCGCAGGCUCUGGUCUAAAUGACGGUCAGUGGCAUUCUGUGGAGCUGCACUCCAGAAAAGAUCAUCUGAGCAUCACAGUGGACAAAGACAAAGGAGCCACCGCUCACACCAGCAUCCCACUUCUAACCACAGAAAGUCAACUCUUCUUCGGUGGUUGUCCUGCUCAGGAGAGCACAAAUUUUGUCCAGGUAUUUCAAGGCUGCAUGCGUCUCCUGACUCUGGAUGACCAAACUUUUGACCUGAUCAAGGUGCAGCAAAGGUUGCUGGGAAACUACAGCCACUUGCAGAUUGAUAUGUGUGGCAUCAUUGACAGGUGUUCCCCUAGUCAUUGUGAGCACGGAGGUAGAUGUACACAGUCAUGGAGCACCUUCCACUGUAACUGCUCCAACAGCGGCUACAGAGGAGCCACCUGCCACAGCUCAACAUAUGAGCAGUCAUGUGAGGUAUACAAACACAAAGGCAACACAUCAGGGCAUUAUUACAUAGAUGUGGAUGGCAGUGGACCAAUCAAACCGCAGCUCAUCUACUGCAACAUGACAGAGGACGGGGCGUGGAUGUUGGUCCAACACAAUAACACAGAGCUGACCAGAGUUCAUUUGUCUCCUGGGAUGAGUCAACAUUCAGCCCACUUUGACUACACUUCUGACGGAGAGCAGUUGGCAGCCAUCAUCAGCCAAUCAGAGCACUGUGAGCAGGAGCUGUCCUACCACUGCAGGAAGUCCCGCCUCCUAAACACACCAGAGGGUGCACCGUUCAGCUGGUGGGUGGGGGGUCCGGGUCCAGGUCAGAUCCAGACGCACUGGGGAGGGGCUCUGCCAGGCAGCCGGCAGUGUGCCUGUGGUCUGCAGGACAGCUGUCUGGAUUCAAAUCACUACUGCAACUGCGAUGCCGACUACGACCAAUGGGCGAAUGACUCAGGCCUGCUCACCCAUAAGGAGACCCUUCCAGUCAGGUCUCUGGUGCUGGGUGACAUCCAGCGGCCGGGGUCGGAGGCUGCCUACAGGGUGGGACCCCUCCAGUGUCAUGGAGACAAGAACUUUUGGAACGCUGCAUAUUUUGACAAGGAGACGUCCUACCUUCACUUCCCUACCUUCCAUGGAGAGCUGAAUGCAGACAUCUCCUUCCUAUUCAAAACCACAGCCUCUUCUGGGGUGUUUCUGGAGAAUCUAGGUAUCAAGGACUUCAUCCGGAUCACACUCAGCUCCUCUUCAGAGGUCAUCUUCUCUUUCGAUGUGGGGAACGGCCCGUUGGAGGUACGAGUGGAGACGAGUGUCCCGUUGAAUGAUGACCGGUGGCACAGCGUGCGUGCUGAGCGCAAUGUGAAGGAAGCAUCGCUUCGUAUCGAUGACUUCCCUGCCUCCACGCAGGAGGCACCUGCUGAAGGACACAUUCAUUUGCAGCUCAACAGCCAGCUAUUCAUAGGAGGUACCGCAUCCAGGCAGAAAGGCUUCCUGGGCUGCAUCCGCUCUCUGCAGCUGAAUGGUGUCACUCUGGACUUGGAAGAGAGGGCGAAGAUAACUCCAGGGGUCCGACCUGGCUGCCCUGGCCACUGCAGCAGCUACGGCUCACUCUGCCAAAAUCAGGGCCUCUGCGUGGAAAAAGCCAGCGGUUUCACCUGCGACUGUGGCCAGUCAUCCUAUACCGGAGCCUUCUGUCAUGAAGAGGUUUCAGCCUACUUUAAGUCUACAACAUCCAUAACCUACAUCGUGAAAGAGCCAUAUGAACUGAGCAGGAACAGCAAUGCCUGGCCUUCCUUCAUUUCAUCUGACAUGGCGCUGAGAGGAGAAAACAUCUCUAUGAGCUUCAGAACAAGCCAGAGUCCAGCUUUAUUGCUCUACAUCAGCUCUUUCCAUAAGGAAUACCUGGCAGUGCUUCUCAACAAACAUGAUGAGCUGGAGCUGAGGUACAAGCUGCACGGCAGCAGAGACGUGGAGGUGUUGGGCAGUAGAGUCACGGACUUGGCUGAUGGGCAUCUGCACACAGUGACCAUCAGGAGACUGGCAGACACCGUCUCAGUUCAGAUUGACCAGAAUGCCAGAGAAGACUUCAACUUGACAUCCGAUGUAGAAUUCAGCAGCAUCAAAUCGCUCAUUCUCGGCAGAGUGCAGGAGUCUGAUGAGUUGGAUGCUGAGCUGGCAGGGUUGGUCUCUCUCGGGUUCACAGGCUGUCUGUCAGCUGUUCGCUUUAACGCCAUCAGUCCUCUGAAAGCUGCUCUGCUGCACCCUGACAGCCCCGUUAUUGUCACUGGACCACUGGCGCAGUCGAGCUGUGGCUCCUCCUCUCCAGCCAAUCCCUAUGCAGCAGAAACCACACACUCCUUCUCAGACCAACCUGGUUCAGUGGAUCCAGGUCAGCCUUUAGUCAACACUGUCAGGAGUGACUCAGCUCUAAUUGGAGGGAUGAUUGCUGUGGGGAUCUUCCUCACUGUGUCUGCAUUGGUGAUAAUGGCCAGAUUCAUCUGCAGCAGAAAAGAGACAUAUCGCAACCAGGAAGUCAAAGCAGCGCAGCCUGAACAUGCCCAUGAGUUUCCCUUCAGCACCGAGGAAGACUCUCAAAGCGCUCCCAGUGAAAACCAGAAGGAGUAUUUCAUUUAGCGAGAGCCCUGACCUCUAACUGACCUGACAGGACAGAGCUGGGUGACUUAGCGAGAGCUCAGUGCUUUACAAGGCACACGGAGCACCUCGGCCUCUGGAACCAGAGCAUCAGCAAGAUGCGACGAAACUUUAUGCCCUUCUUUUUGUAAAUAUUGUACACUUUGCCAAAUGUGUUCAGAAGUUGUUGAUGCUUUUCUUUUGAGGAUGCAAAUAUUUAACAGUGUACAGUGAACGGUGAUUUGUGUACUUAUAAGGUCUUCUCAAACAGGGAGCAGCCGCCAACAUGGUCGACUGUGGCAACAUGAGUGUUUCCUGUUUUGAAUUUGUGGCGCUGAGCACAUGCUGCCACAGCAGCACCUAGCUGCACCCAGCCUGCACAAUGGGCUCCUGUGUUGUUUCAUUGUAGUUUCUGUGGUUGCCAUAGUCACACAGUGAGCCACAGUGAACAAGCUGAGCCAACAUGAGCGCCAACAGCAGUGGCACAGAGCCAUGCACGGUCACUGGAGUCUCUCAACUGCUCCCUGUCUGAAAACACCUCAACAGUGUGCUGUAUUUCUCUGCCAUACUGAAAUGUUACAAACUAAUUUAUUAAAGAUGUGAUGAUCAAAACACAACUUUGCUCCAGUGAAACUAGACUUUUGGACUUGAUUUAGAAGAAGCACUUCUUCUACAAGGAUGAUGAACCUUCUGUCGAAUUUAAAACAAAACACGAAGAGAUUCAACUGACUGGAGGAGCGAUGUGCACGUCACAUGUGAAACCCCAGCCAAAGCACCCAGAAGUUUCCAGAAUCAAAAAAUCAAC